AUGAAUCCACGAAAGCCGGGAAAGGUCCGUUUAAUCUGGGACGCUGCGGCAAAAGUAGAUGGAAUAUCUCUGAAUACGAUGCUGCUUAAGGGUCCCGAUCAGCUCACGUCGUUGCCAGCAGUGUUGUCUCGUUUCCGACAGUACAGAGUUGGAGUUUCUGCAGAUAUUCGAGAGAUGUUCCACCAGAUAUUUAUACGGGAACAGGAUCGCCAUUCGCAACGUUUCUUGUGGAGGAACAACUCAACAGAGCCUCUGAGCAUCUUCUUGAUGGACGUCGCCACCUUCGGUUCUACCAGUUCGCCAGCAUCGGCACAGUUUGUGAAAAACAAGAAUGCCGAAGAGUUCGCUGACCGUUUCCCUCGAGCUGUCGAAAGUAUAGUGAAGAAUCACUACGUUGACGACUUUCUCGACAGCUUCGAAAACGAAGAAGAAGCGGUGCGCGUGUCCCAGGAGACCAGCUUUAUCCACCUACAUGGAGGCUUUCAGCUUCGAAACUGGCUGUCGAACAGUGCUGAGUUGUUGAAGGAGAUGAAGGAGGAAGGUCCGAAUGAUAGUAAAAGUUUCUGUUUAAACUCAGCGGAAGGGACUGAUCGAGUGCUGGGAAUGUUGUGGCUGACAGUGAAUGACGAAUUACGAUUCUCCAUGAAAAUGAAGGACGAGAUCCAGCUUGUGAUUGACAAAGGAGAACGCCCAACAAAACGGCAACUUCUGAAAUGCCUGAUGGGAGUCUUCGAUCCACUAGGACUUCUGAGUGUGUUCCUGAUUCACGGCAAGAUUUUGCUCCAAGACGUAUGGCGAGCCGGCUUGUUGUGGGACGAGAAAGUACCGGAAGACAUCUUCGACCGAUGGACCAGGUGGACAGAGUUGUUUCCGAAGAUUGAAGACCUACGGAUCUCACGGUGCUACUUCACCAGAGCGACUGCAGACACCUACAAAGCUCUUCAACUUCACAUCUUCGUCGACGCGAGUGAAGCCGCGUUUUCCGCCGUAGCCUACUUCAGAACGGCCAAAUUUGAGAGUGAAGCUGAGUGCUCGUUGGUUGCUGCAAAAACAAAGGUUGCGCCACUGAAACCGCUCUCGAUUCCGCGUUUGGAGCUGCAAGCAGCGGUCUUGGGGAGCCGUUUAAUGACAACCGUCUUGGAGAGUCACACCGUUGAAGUGAAGCGAUGCGUUCUCUGGAGUGAUUCCGCAACGGUACUGGCCUGGUUACGGGCCGAUCAUCGUCGUUAUAAGCAAUAUGUGGCGUGUCGCGUUGGAGAACUGCUAUCAAUAACUGAGGUUGCACAGUGGCGCUGGGUCCCCAGUAAAUUAAAUCCCGCGGAUGCGGCUACGAAAUGGGGCAAGAAUCCGUGUCCUGGAACUGGUGACGUCUGGUUUAAAGGCCCGGAAUUCCUUCAACAACCCGAGGAGAACUGGCCCAAGCAGACAACAACUUCUAUUCCUCCAGAAGAGGAGCUCCGACCAUGCUACAUAAUACAACAAUCGCUUCUCCCUGAAGCUAUCGUGGAGUUUACACGCUUCUCCAAAUGGCGUCGUCUCCUGGGAGCAAUAGCGUACGUACACCGCUUCAUUGACAACUGUAGACGCCGAUGUAGAGGAGAAGAGGCAGAAAUGUUGUAUCUAACACAAGACGAAUUGAAGAAAGCGAAGAACACACUGAUGAAGAUGGUGCAGUGGCAAGCAUAUCCGGAAGAGAUGGUCACAUUGUCGAGGGGACAAGCGGGACUAGCGAAGUCAAGUAAUCUGUAUCAGAACUCUCCAACAGUGGAUGAAUACGGGGUGCUACGGAUUGACGGAAGAAUUGGCGCUGCUUCGCACAUUCGAUUCGACACUAGGUAUCCGGUAAUCCUCCCAAGGAAACAUUUUGUUACCGAUCUGAUCGUAGAUUACUUCCAUCGUGCUUUCGGUCACGCUAAUUUUGAAACCGUGGUGAAUGAAAUCCGGCAAUUCUAUCACAUCUCUCGACUGCGGACAGUUGUGAAGCAGAUUGCUGCUGCGUGUCAGUGGUGCAAAUUGAUGAAGGCGAAACCGACUGUUCCACGAAUGGCACCACUCCCAGUGGCUCGAUUAGCAUCGUUCACACGACCAUUUACUCACACCGGAAUUGAUUUGUUCGGACCGCUGUUUGUGAAAGUUGGAAGAAGCGCAGUUAAACGUUGGGUUUGCUUGUUCACUUGCUUGACUACUCGUGCAGUUCAUGUUGAGGUUGCCUACAGCCUUUCUACGCCAUCCACUGUGAAAUGCAUCACACGCUUCGUUAAUCGUCGCGGCUCACCGGCAGAGAUUUACACAGACAACGGCACGAACUUUACGGGCGCCGAUCGACUGCUCAGGAAAAUGAUUGACAAAAUAAAUGGGGAAUUGGCAGAUACGUUCACGAACACGAAUACAAAGUGGGUCUUCAUACCUCCAUCGGCACCCCACAUGGGCGGAUCCUGGGAAAGGAUGGUGAGAUCGAUUAAGACAGCUAUGGAGACUGCGUACUGCAACGACCGGAAGCUGGAUGAUGAGGGUUUGGUUACGCUGGUUGUCGCGGCCGAGGCUAUUGUUAACAGCCGACCGCUCACAUAUUUGCCCUUGGAUGCAGACGAAGGAGAGGCUCUCACGCCAAACCACUUCCUCAUGAGAAGUUCCAACGGAGUACACCAGCCGUCAACAGAAUUUACUGAUUCUUCGCUGGUGGUCAAAAGCUCCUGGUCCAGCUACAAGAUCCGCAGUAAUAAAGUUGUCUCGAGCAGCAGUAAUCUCAUCGGCAUGCUAUCCCCCACCGCGAGGGUGACCUGUGUGCCGUACGAGGACGACCUUUGA